CUCUCAUACAUUCUCAUAAGCCGCUCUAUAUAAUCAUAUCCACGGCAAUGUCCAACCUUGCAUCGUGGCACAUGCGGGCAUCGGAAGCCGCAAGCCGAAGGUUUACCGCAUGCGGAAAGGAUCGACCUCAACCUAGUGAACGUCUUAUCACACAUUAAGCAUCGGAUAACUAUCAACUAUGGAUCAGCAGGAUCAGAUGUGCCGUGGUGCCGUGUUGGGAGACUACUGUCUUUAUAUGCGGCCCUUAGAGUUAUUUCCGAGCUUGUCAUGAGUCUUUUAGCUUCCUCUAGGUGGUAUUUACCUCCAGCCCUAACGUCGACGCCAGAUAAACCUUUAGAUAGACCUCCACUUUAUCAUAUGCCUCCAAAUGAUCGGAAAAUAGCCGUCGGAGAUGCGCGUUCUCGCCGAUUGAAUCGUGGUUGUACAUAUAUGUCUAUCCUGGAUGGGCGUCGGGGGUACUAAUCCACGAAUUUUCAGCGACUACGAUGGCUGGACUACAGAUCCUCGACCCCAGCGCGGGCUAUGGAAUAACGAUUGGAAUCGGACUUGCGUUCGCGGUUAUUUCUAAUCGGUAUGGCUCUCACAACACCUUCAAAUCUACCGAGGAGUUCAACACAGCUUCACGAUCUAUCAAACCUGGAAUGAUUGCUGCCGGUAUCGUUUCCAGCUGGACGCACGCUUCAACUCUCCUCACCAGCUGCACCCUCGCCUACUCCUACGGCGUCUCUGGCGGUCUCUGGUACGGUGCCUUCGGAACCUUCCAAACGCUCUUCUUCGCCUUCACAGCCUUCCGCAUCAAAGAGCGCUCCAACAACGCCCAUACAUUCCCUGAAAUCGUCCUCCAAAAACACGGCAAGAUCGCCCACAUCCUCUUCACCAUCCUCGGCCUCAUCGCCAACCUCAUCGCCGGCGCAGCUCUCAUGGCCGGCGGCGGCGCCGUCAUCUCCUCCCUAACCGGCAUGAACAUCUGGGCCUCCUACUGGAUCCUCCCGGUCGUGAUCACGUGCUACAUCGUCGUCGGCGGGCUCCGCUCCACCUUCAUCUGCGACUACCUCCACACCAUCAUUCUGUACGCGUGCAUCUUCACAUUCAUGUUCCAGAUAUAUGCGGUGAAUCCGGACAUUGGAUCUCCGAGCCGGCUCUACGACCUCCUCAAGUCCGCGGAGAAGAAGCAUCCUGCCGCCUCUGACAACGGCUCGUUCUUGACGGUUAAAUCGCACGCGGGCCUGGUGAAAGCGGUGACGAUUCUGCUGGGUGGGUUUAGUAACGUCUGGACGGAUCAGGCGUAUUGGCAGCGUGCUAUCGCGUCGAGUCCGACCACCGCUGUGAAGGGCUAUAUUCUUGGGAACGAUAUGCUCCGUGUCACUCUGAGCAAGGCUGAUGUCUCUGCUGGGCUUGCUGGGCCCGCUGCGAUCAUCUCGCUCAUGGGCGGGAGCGGUGCCUACCUCUUCAUCGUCCUUGUAUUCAUGGCGGUCACAUCCUCGGUCUCCGCUGAAAGCAUCGCAGCGAGUUCGCUAAUGACGUUCGGCGUUUACAAGUCGUAUAUCAACCCCAAAGCGUCCGUGAAAGCGCUGCUCUGGGUCUCCAUCGGCGGCUUGAUCAUCUACGGGGUUGCGUUGUCGACAAUUUCGUGUAUCUUCCAUGCUGCUGGGAUCUCGCUGAACUAUCUCAUUAGUAUUCUGGCCUGUCUCAUAGGAGGCGGCGCCCUUCCUAUGGCCUUCAUCGUUUUUUGGGACGGCACAUCUACCUUCGCCGCUAUCGUCUCGCCGAUCGUGGGGCUCUGCUCCGGCCUCAUCUCCUGGAUGGUGUGCACGAAAGUGCGCUCGGGGAGCAUUACCAUCGCGACUACUGGCGACGUUUACAACAGCUUGACCGGCGACUGCGUCAGUUUAGGCAUGGGCCUUGUUUGCAUCGUGGUGCUCUCUCUCCUCGUCCCAGACAAGAAAACUGUUGUGCUUGAGACGAUCGAUGGACAGGACGUGCCCGAUUCCGAAGAAGCAGAACGGAAAAACGAGUCCGGAGACUUCCCUAAUAAUAACAUGGAGAACUUGAACGAGAAGGGGAUGGAAGCGACGACAACAUCGGACCCUCGGGUCGAGCCGCACAAAGUCCUCAAAUCUUCUAUGGCCGAAGCGAUCAAGCCUGUCCUUGAAGAGCCAGCGGUCCCCAUGUGUGCACUUACGCCGGAGGAGGUCCGCUCGCAGAAGCGGCUUGCGCUGAUUGCGUUGAUUGUUGGCACGCUGGGAUUCAUGAUUAUACUACCGUUCACGCUGUAUGGCACCGGGUAUGUGUUCUCGAGAGGGUUCUUUACGGGAUAUGUGGUGGUUGCGUUCAUCUGGGCCUGGGCGAGUUUCUUGAUUUGUGUGGUUCUGCCUCUCUGGGAAAGUAGGGAUGAUAUGCUGUAUGUGAUUGGAGCGAUGUGGAGGGACGCUAGGAGAGAGAAGGUGCAUCACACCGAAGGACAUUAG